UGAUGUACUCCUAAUUUACCAUAUUUAUGAUCUUGUUUUGUCACACUUUUAAUACUUUAUUUUACAUUUUUUAAAUAAAAAGGAUUGAUCUUUAUCAUCUUGGACAUUUUAAGGUAUUGCACUUGUUUUGGUAUAUUUUUUACUUUCAGAAUAAUUCGGGACGUAUAUUAAUUUUUGAAAAGAAAUAAAUAUUACUCCCGAGUGAAGACGGAAAAAUCAUCAAAGUGAAGCGAGUCCUUACUUUAUCUCCGAAAUAUUUAUACAGAGACCCGAAGUUCAUUUCAGAAUAAAUCAGACUGUCCACAAUAAAAUGUACCGGUUAACUGUUUGACCAGUUAACUGAUCAAACAGCUAACCGGCCAAAUAAAGAAGUGGCGAACAAAGAGCCAAGCUGAAAACAAUUAUUCAAUCCAUUAUUGUGAAUAAGGCUCCACCGUAGAAGAAAUCUCAAGAAGAAAACAAAUUGAGAUCAAAUAAUUGUAUUGCAUCCACUUGGAACCAAAGCUGUCUUCAUCAUCUUUCAUUAGCCGAACAGAGGAGCACAGAGGCCGACGAAGAAAAAUGCACAACUGAACAGUGGCCGGUGCUAUUUGCAGGAAGAAAAAUGAGAAAUUGGCAAUCACAUCUGGUGAAGAUUGAAAUCAGUGGCCAUCCAAAUUAAAUGAUCUUUAUCUUCAUUCGGAGAUAUUUCUGAGCUAUACCCUUCUUUUGCUACUAUAUAAAGGGGUCAUUCAGGAGCUUCAAAGGAGACACCCAGUAGAUAGAAAUCAUCCUUGCUUCUUUUCUUUAGCUUUGUUUAUUAAUAAAAGUGAUUCUCUCAAGAACACUUCUGUAUAUUUCAGUUCGUAAUUCUCAUUUUCAGAAGUUUAUUUAGCUUCCAAUAUACUCCAUAUUAAUAAUAAAGUUCAUUCAAGAAAUUCACAUUUGGGUUCGAUCAGUGCCAGCUUUAUACAAGGAUUGCAUCUUUUUCUGUUCCAGUUCAUCUAUGUUCUACAUUAUUUAUGCCUUCAGGUUCUUAUUCCAAUACUCAUUUUAUUUUCUUUAAUCUGUUAAAUUAAUUAUGCCUAUUAUCAGUUUUACUUUUAUUUCAUUUACUGUAAUUAUGUGUAACUAAAUUAGUUUAGGUUUGGGCAAGAUGUAAUUUUAACUAUUAAUGUUCAUAAGAUAAUAAUUGGUUAAAACUAUUAACUGGUUAAUUUUAGGAGUGUUGGGUUGAAUACUCUAAUCUGCUAAAUAAAUUAAUAUUGUAAAUGAAUAUUAUCACGGGAGUGAAAUUUCAUUAAAAUCCAUUUAUUUAAUUCACCCACUAAAUUACUACACGGAAGUGUUAAGGAAUUUAGGAUAAAUUGAUUUUGUACUUUUUACUGUCUUAAUAAAAUUACCGCGGGAGCGGAAUUAAUUUAAGAUAGUGUAAUCAACUAAGUCGUGGGAACGAUUAGAAGAUUACCAUUUGAAAAUCUUUCACACACCUAAAAGUAACCAAGUUAAUCAGUUAAAUCUUUAUUAUUAUGAACAUGAAAAUAAAAUCACUCUUAGCCCAAGCCUAAUUUUCACUAUAUCAUUAAUUGUUAAAUUAUCAAGUAUUGUGAUUUAUUUUAUUUCCUAGCAAUUUCACAUUUAUAAAAACAAGAUAAAAAAAUCUGUUCACUUAGCUCCAUUGCAAAAUGUUAUCAAUUUGUGAUUAGCUAAAAAUCAAUCAUUAAUUCUAGUUCUCUUUUUGAGUCAUUCUCUAGCGGAACGAUACUCACUUACUCUAUACUAUAUCGUUACAAGCCAAUUAAAACAUCAUUUCCAUUCACAUUUUUACACCAGUUCACACUACACAUUUUGGCAUGUCACGAUUUUGGCGCCGUUGCCGGGGAUUGGCAUAGUGUUAAUGAUUGAUUAUUAGUUAAUAUUAGUGUUUGUUUUUUUAUUUAUCUGGAGACUAAGUUUUUUUUUUUAUACCUGUUAUCAUCAACUUUGUAAGUAAAAAAAAAAUUUAAAAAAAAAUAUAAUCAUUUUUCUUGCAUUUUUUUUUAAAAAAAAAUCAAAAAAUAGUGUAUGCAUACUCGCUCUCAAGGGAGUGAAGGAUUGCAAUCACUUAACCUUGAUUUUGAAAAAGAAUUAAGGAAAAGAAGAAAGGCACGAACCGUUGAACUUAAAAUUCCACAUUUGAUCAUGGAGGAUCUUCAAAACAACCCCAAUAAUCCAAAUGGCCAAAACCUAAUUCCAAAUCCAAAUCCUACGCCACCACAAAAUACACCCAUUAAUACUCCAAGAGAUGGACAAAAUCCUUUCUUUGGAGAUCAAAGACCCCCUGGAUUUGAAAAUUUCCAACAAAUUCCUCCCCAAACACAACCCCAAUUUUAUCCACCACAUCCCUACCAAAAUCACCAAAACCAACCUCCACCAUAUCCAUACACAUACCCUUAUCCUUACCCACCUCCUCCGUUUAUACACCCAUAUCAACCUCACCCAUAUGGCCAAUAUUACCAACACCCACAUAAUCAACAAGGUCAAGGGCAGUUCAUGAGACAACAACAACAACAACAAGGAAGAAGACUUCUUGAUUAUGUUGCAGGUGAAAUUGAGGAACAAGAUAGCAUUCUAUAUCCAGGUGUGGAUGCAGCAAAUUUUGAGAUCAAACCAGCACUUAUCUCAUUGGUCUCAGCCAACAAAUUUGGCGGAUCAAAGAAUGAAGAUCCGACGAGCCAUGUGAAGCAAUUCUUGAGAGUUCUCCAAACUCUUAAGCUUAAUGGAGCCUCUGUUGAUGCCAUCAGACUCAGAUUGUUUCCAUUCUCACUGAGGGAUGAAGCAUUGAGUUGGUUGAACUCUAAACCAUCCGGUUAUUUCAACACAUGGGAGAAGUUGCAUAGAGAUUUCAUGAAGGAGUUCUAUCCUCCUUCUAAGGCAUCAAAAAUGAAGAAACUGAUCCAACAAUUCAGACAACAACCAUCUGAAUCUCUUUACGAAUCAUGGAAGAGAUUCAAAGAUCUUCAAGUUCAAUAUCCACAUCAUAAUAUGAGCAUGGGUGAUCUCAUUGUCUCAUUUUAUGAAGGAUUACAUGAUAAUUCCAAAAUUGUUGUGGAUGCCUCUGCUAAUGGAGCUUUCAUGGAGCUUGAUCCUCAAACUGGAAAAGAGAUGCUUGAGAAAAUUUGCAACAACAGUGCAUCAUGGUAUUCUGAAAGAUCCACUCAAAAGCUAGGAGCGGGAAUUUAUGAGGUUGACCAAACAACAGCUUUAACAGCAAAGGUUGAUUCUCUCACAAACAUGAUCCAAAAGCUCACUGAGAAGCAAUCAUCAUCAACUUCUAGCACAUCAACAAAUCCAUCAUCAUCUUUAGCUCAAGUUUUGUUCUGUGAACUCUGUGGGGGAGGGCAUUCUUUUAAGGAAUGCAAUCUUCUAGAACUUACACAAAACGUUCCUUCUGGCCCCACAGUAGAACAAGCCGAUGCUAUAUAUGGUAGACCUCAAGUACCAUAUCAAGGAAACUAUAAUCCUCAAGGGAAGACACAUCCAGGAUUUUCAUGGAGUAACCCAUCAGGUGCAGCAAAUUCACCAUAUCCAUCCAAACCAACACCUCCUGGAUUUCAAAAUCAGCAAGGGUACCCACCGCAACAGCAAUUACCACCACCACCUCAGAAACAACAACAAUUUGUUGGAGUUAAUGACUUCCAGAGAAUGAUGCAAGGUAUCACUAAUCAAUUCUCUCAACUCACCGCUCAACUCAAUCAAAUUCAAGCUCACAACAAAAUGCUUGAGAGCCAGAUUGCUAGUUUUGCUUCACCAUCAACUAGCAAAGCUCAAGGAAAGUUGCCUGCCUACUCUGAACAUCCCAGGGAGAAUGUCAGUGCAAUCACUACAAGGAGUGGAAAACAACUUUCUGAUCCACCACUUGUAGUUGAGAAAGAGAAGAUACCUGAAAAAGAGACUUCACCACUAAAGGAGAACAAUGAAGAAGAUCUGAAUUCUCACUCACAUGAAGGCAAGAAAAAGGUAGUACAACCAUAUGUUCCACCUUUACCAUUUCCUCAUAGAGCAAAGAAAAACACAAUUGAUGAGAGGAGGGAUAAAUUCCUUAAAUGGAUCGGUCAACUCAACACAACAAUCCCACUUCUUGAUGCUCUAAAACAUAUGCCUUCAUAUUCCAAAUUUCUGAAGGAAAUUCUGUCAAACAAAAAGAAGUUCGAGGAGAAAGCUACAAUAGCCAUGAGCGAGGGAUCCAGUGAUAUCAUUCAGAAGAAACUUCCUGAAAAAUUGAAGGAUCCAGGUAGCUUUACUAUACCAUGCAUAAUUGGAGGGUUCAUGGUCAACAAAGCUUUAUGCGACCUUGGGGCUAGUGUUAGCCUUAUCCCCUAUUCUAUGAGCAAGCGCCUUAGUCUUGGUAUUCCCAAGGCUACUUCAAUGACCAUUCAGCUUGCUGACCGAUCUGUUAAGCACCCUGUUGGUGUUCUUGAAGACAUUCCUGUACAGGUUGGGAAAUAUUUCAUCCCUUGUGACUUUGUCGUCCUAGACAUGGAUGAAGAUGAGCGAGUACCUGUCAUAUUGGGAAGACCUUUCUUGGCCACUGCCGGUGCCAUCAUUGAUGUUAAAAAAGGUACGUUAAUAAUUGAAGUGGGGGAUGAAAGGGUUGAAUUCAAUAUUUUCCAAAUGGCGAGAAAUCCUGCAUGUAUGGAAGAUUGUUGGAGGGUUGAUAUAGUUGAUGAAUGUGUGAGAGACUUCAUGGGAUUCUUUCACAAUGAUCCUAUGGAAGUUUAUGAUGUGGAGGAAAUUGAAAAUAAUCAUGAGGGAGAAGAGUUAGUUGAGUGUGUAAAAAACAAAGAGAGUUGUAAAAAGAAUCACGAGGGGAAGGAAGUGGUAAAACUGGUGAAAGAAGAAGUGAGGGAGGCUAACAACACAAAAGAACCACCCAAAAAUGAGUUGAAGCCUUUACCAUCACACCUAAGAUAUGCUUAUCUUGGUGAAAACUCCACUUACCCAGUGAUUAUUAGCACUAAGUUGAACGAGGAAGAAGUAGACAAACUAUUGACCCUGCUGAGAAAACACAAACGGAUCAUUGGAUACUCCAUUGAUGAUCUAAUUGGCAUCAGUGCUAACUAUUGUAUGCACAGAAUAUAUCUUGAGGAAGGUUGCAAACCAGUAGUUGAACAUCAAAGGAGGCUCAACCCUAACAUGAAGGAUGUUGUGAAGAAAGAAGUUAUCAAACUUCUUGAUGCCGGAAUCAUUUACCCUAUCUCGGACAGCAGAUGGGUAAGUCCAAUCCAUGUUGUACCAAAGAAAGGAGGUUUCACAGUUGUUCCAAAUGAGCACAAUGAGCUCAUUCCUACUCGUUUGGUCACGGGAUGGAGAAUGUGCAUCGAUUACAGGAGGCUGAACAAAGUCACAAAUAAGGAUCAUUAUCCUUUACCUUUCAUUGAUCAGUUGCUUGAAAGGAUGGCAAACCAUAGCCAUUAUUGCUUUCUAGAUGGAUUUUCAGGAUAUUUUCAAAUCAUGAUCCAUCCAGAUGAUCAAGAAAAGACUACCUUCACGUGUGCCUAUGGUACAUUUGCUUUUCGAAGAAUGUCAUUUGGCCUAUGUAAUGCACCCGGAACUUUCCAACGGUGUAUGAUGGCCAUAUUCUCUGAUCUUAUUGAAGAAAUCAUGGAGGUAUUCAUGGAUGAUUUCUCUGUUUAUGGGACCUCAUUUGGUUCGUGCUUGGAUAAUCUUGAUAAAGCACUGACUCGUUGCCAAGAGGCAAAUCUUGUUCUAAACUGGGAGAAGUGCCAUUUCAUGGUAACAGAGGGAAUUGUUCUUGGGCAUAAGAUUUCAUCCAAAGGCAUUGAGGUAGAUCCAGCAAAGAUCGAAGUGAUUGAGAAGUUACCACCACCAACAUCUGUUAAAGGCAUCCGAAGUUUUCUAGGGCACGCCGGAUUCUAUCGGCGAUUCAUCAAGGAUUUUGCUAAUAUUGCAAAACCACUCACAAGACUCCUGUCCAAAGAGGUUGAGUUUAUCUUUGACGAUGCUUGUCUUAAUUCCUUUUGCAAAAUUAAGAAAGCAUUAUGUUCUGCACCUGUCAUUCAACCACCAGAUUGGAGCAUGCCUUUCAUCCUAAUGUGCGAUGCUAGUGACUAUGCUAUAGGAGCCAUGUUGGGACAGAAACAAGGUCGGUGCAUACAUGCAAUUUAUUAUGCAAGCCAUACUCUCGAUGAUGCCCAACAAAACUAUGCCACAACAGAAAAAGAACUACUCGCUGUUGUCUUUGCAAUAGAGAAGUUCAGGUCAUAUCUUGUUGGAAGCAAAGUGAUAGUCUACACUGAUCACUCGGCUCUAAAGUACCUGUUUGCGAAGAAGGAGGCCAAGCCACGACUUAUUAGAUGGGUGUUGCUACUACAGGAGUUUGAUAUUGAGAUCCUUGACAAAAAAGGGUCUGAAAAUGUCAUUGCUGAUCACCUGUCCAGAAUUGAGCCACACACAGAAAAUGAAGCGACUAAAGUGUUACCCAUUGAUGAUUCAUUCACGGGAGAAUAUUUACUCUCAAUCAAGCACUUUUCUCCUUGGUAUGCUGAUUGGGUUAAUUACCUUGUCAGUGGUUAUAUUCCUUCUGAAUUCUCAUGGGCCCAAAAGAAAAAGUUCUUACAUGAUGCUCGCUCCUAUUUUUGGGAUGAACCACUAUUGUUCAAGAGAUGUGCUGAUGGAAUUGUUCGAAGAUGCAUCCCAGAAGAUGAAUUUGAGGCUAUCCUUUAUCAUUGUCAUUCAUCACCAUAUGGUGGUCAUUUCGGAUCCACUAGGACUUCAGCUAAAGUCCUGCAGUCAGGUUUCUAUUGGCCUACAUUGUUCAAAGAUUCUCAAAUGUAUGUGAAAAGAUGUGAUCGAUGCCAACGCACGGGAUCAAUUGGUCGUCGAAAUGAAAUGCCACAAUCUGGAAUACUUGAAGUUGAACUCUUCGAUGUAUGGGGAAUGGACUUUAUGGGCCCAUUUCCUAGCUCAUGUGGCAAUUCUUACAUUCUUGUGGCGGUGGACUAUGUCUCGAAAUGGAUUGAAGCGAUUGCUAGUCCAACCAAUGAUUCCAAGGUUGUGAUCCGGUUUGUAAAGAAAUUUAUUUUCUCAAGGUUUGGAGUUCCCAGGGCCUUCAUCACAGAUAAUGGUACACACUUUUGCAAUAAACAACUUGAGAAACUUUUGCUCAAGUAUGGUGUUAAUCACAAAGUGUCUACUCCGUACCAUGCACAAACUAGUGGCCAAGUUGAACUCUCAAAUAGGGAAAUUAAAUCAGUCCUUGAGAAAGUUGUCAAUCCCACAAGGAAAGAUUGGUCCCUCCGAUUAGAUGAUGCUUUAUGGGCUUAUCGUACUGCAUAUAAGACUCCCAUUGGGACAUCGCCGUUCAAAUUGGUGUAUGGGAAGUCUUGUCACUUACCAGUGGAGAUUGAACACAAAGCAUUUUGGGCUAUCCAAAGCCUAAACCUUGACUACACUCUGGCAGGGAAAAAGAGGCUACUACAAUUGAAUGAACUUGAAGAAUUCAGACUUGAUGCCUUUGAGAAUGCCCGACUUUACAAGGAAAGAGCAAAGAAAUGGCAUGACGGAAGAAUCCUUAGGAGAGACUUUUCUCCUGGGGAUAGUGUGCUACUAUUCAACUCAAGGCUGAAACUCUUUCCAGGAAAGCUGAAAUCAAAAUGGUCUGGACCUUUCAAAGUUAUCAAAGCCUUUCCAUCUGGGGCAAUCAUUCUGGAGGCCAAUGAUGGGAGGCAAUUCACUGUUAAUGGCCAAAGAGUUAAGCAAUACCAUGAAGGAGAUGACACAAAGGAGAAACUCACUGUUCAUCUGGAUGAUCCUCCUUACGAGUAAACCACCCAGGUAAUGUCGGGCACUCGACGUUAAAAAUAGCGCUUCUUGGGAGGCAACCCAAGCUUAUUUACUUGCAUUUGAAUGUGUGUUUUGCUUGUGUGUUUGCAUUGAAUAAUUUUAUUUUCCCACCCAUUUUCUCACCCGCCCUGUAUAUAUUUGUCACAUCGAGGACGAUGUUUCAUCCUAAGUGUGGGGGGAGAAUAUGCAUGUUUGUUUGUUUGUGAAUUGCCUUAUCAUCUGUUUAACUUUCAAAUCAUGCAUUCUAUUCUUUCACAUGGUACAUGGAUUGUUGGCGGGACUUGUCUCUUAAUAAUUGGAUUGAGAAUCAUAAUUUUUGAGCGUUGAGUAAAAUUUUGGUCAAAUUUUAAACUUUGUACAAACACAAAACAUCUCAUGCACGUAAAUGGUUAUCUAAUGAAACUGUUGUUCAAUAUGUUUAAAAUUGUGCAAAACAAGAGUACUAUGUGCUUUUAUUUUCCUUGACAUGAUUUUCUGACUUGGCACAUUAGGAAAUGAUAUAGGCCAUUUUUCAUAAACCCAUAUACCUAGCCUUACCCAUGUGAUAAAUAUCCCUUGUUCAACCCCUUUGAGCCAUUUUUUAUAAGCGUUAUACGCUUAACCCUGUUUUUCUCAUUUUCUUUCAUAAAAACCUGUUAUAUGUGACCCUUAGCCUAAAAGCCAAACACUUUCCAACCACCCUAGAAUGAACUUGCAUAAAUUUUAAUGAGUUUAGAGAGUGUUAUUUACAUUUGGGAGCUUCAAUUACACUUUUGUGAUUACUUAGUUGUUAAUAUUCAUUUAUAGGGGUAGUUGUUCUUGUUGUAUCAUCAUUGUACAUAUUGUUCUUGUAAAUUCUUAUGGUUAGAAGCACUAAAAAGCCUUGAGCAAAAACAAAAAAAUCAAAAACAAAAAAAAAAACAGCAAAAAAAGAAAAAAAAAAAGAAAAUGAAAAAAAAAAAAAAAAUCUAAACAAGGCUAAAUAUCCAUGUAUAUGCUUCUCUCUUUUGUAUAUUUUUCUUGUACAUUAAUUUACUCUUUUUACUAGUUACUACCCCUAACUGUUAAAAAUAACAAGUGUUGUAUAGAUUAUUGUCAAAAGCUCCUACUCACAACUUAGUACCUCUCUAAUAUUGUUAAAUUUAUGUCAAGUUCAUUUCUUUUGUUUCCUCAUUAAUUCCCUUUGUUCAUAAGCCUAUCCCACAAACCCCAUUAUAACCCUAUGUGAAAGUCCUAACUGAUCCUAAUUGUGUUUUGUCUGAAAUAAGUUGAUAGGAGAAUCUUAUUUUGCAUAAUUUUGCAUGGUUGAACAAAUGAAGCUAGAUUCCAUCUUCACACCACACUCUUUGUGUUUGUUAGAGUUGAGAUUUGACCAAAACGUUUCAAAUGAUAUGCAAAAUAUUUUUAUGAUUCUCACUACUCUUAUUUUGUGACAAGUCAAAGGAAUUUGAUUGACCAGGUGGAGUGAAAGGAAAGUAUGCAUGAUUUGAGGAUUACACAUAUGAUUUGGCAAUUCAUUUUUGCAUGCUCGUUUGCUUGUGUGAAAUGUAAAUAUUUUUGCUUGAGGACAAGCAAAAUCUUAAGUAUGGGGGAGUUGAUGUACUCCUAAUUUACCAUAUUUAUGAUCUUGUUUUGUCACACUUUUAAUACUUUAUUUUACAUUUUUUAAAUAAAAAGGAUUGAUCUUUAUCAUCUUGGACAUUUUAAGGUAUUGCACUUGUUUUGGUAUAUUUUUUACUUUCAGAAUAAUUCGGGACGUAUAUUAAUUUUUGAAAAGAAAUAAAUAUUACUCCCGAGUGAAGACGGAAAAAUCAUCAAAGUGAAGCGAGUCCUUACUUUAUCUCCGAAAUAUUUAUACAGAGACCCGAAGUUCAUUUCAGAAUAAAUCAGACUGUCCACAAUAAAAUGUACCGGUUAACUGUUUGACCAGUUAACUGAUCAAACAGCUAACCGGCCAAAUAAAGAAGUGGCGAACAAAGAGCCAAGCUGAAAACAAUUAUUCAAUCCAUUAUUGUGAAUAAGGCUCCACCGUAGAAGAAAUCUCAAGAAGAAAACAAAUUGAGAUCAAAUAAUUGUAUUGCAUCCACUUGGAACCAAAGCUGUCUUCAUCAUCUUUCAUUAGCCGAACAGAGGAGCACAGCGGCCGACGAAGAAAAAUGCACAACUGAACAGUGGCCGGUGCUAUUUGCAGGAAGAAAAAUGAGAAAUUGGCAAUCACAUCUGGUGAAGAUUGAAAUCAGUGGCCAUCCAAAUUAAAUGAUCUUUAUCUUCAUUCGGAGAUAUUUCUGAGCUAUACCCUUCUUUUGCUACUAUAUAAAGGGGUCAUUCAGGAGCUUCAAAGGAGACACCCAGUAGAUAGAAAUCAUCCUUGCUUCUUUUCUUUAGCUUUGUUUAUUAAUAAAAGUGAUUCUCUCAAGAACACUUCUGUAUAUUUCAGUUCGUAAUUCUCAUUUUCAGAAGUUUAUUUAGCUUCCAAUAUACUCCAUAUUAAUAAUAAAGUUCAUUCAAGAAAUUCACAUUUGGGUUCGAUCAGUGCCAGCUUUAUACAAGGAUUGCAUCUUUUUCUGUUCCAGUUCAUCUAUGUUCUACAUUAUUUAUGCCUUCAGGAAUGAGAAAAUACGAAAUAGAGGAAUGCUUAUGCGAGCAAGAGUGAGGGAGGAGAGCACGAGAGUCUCCUAAAAUGCUGGAAAAUUGGUCCGGACAUGGAACAUGGAGAUGCUCUGUUUCAUUUCAUUUUUCUUUCCUUGCCAUCUCCAUCCCUUCGUCACCUACCUUUCUAGGUAUGCUUUGCAGCAUGCGGUGGUGUUUUAAUGGCUGAACUGCUCGAGUAGAGUGAGCAAUCAACUUAAAAAAAAAACAAAAAAUGCCAAGAGGCAGGAUAAGGGCAAAGCUUCGCCGGAGCAAUCUAUACACCUUUGCAUGUAUCCGGCCGCGAUCUGCAGAGGAGGUGGGACCCCACCGGCUAGGCCCCGGAUUUUCACGAGUAGUGCAUUGUAACCAACCCCAAGUGCAUGAUGUGAAACCCCUCAAAUACUGUACAAAUUACAUUUCAACCACAAAAUACAAUUUCAUCACGUUCAUACCCAAGGCCAUAUUUGAGCAAUUCAGGCGUGUUGCAAACUUGUACUUCCUCCUUGCUGCCAUUCUGUCCCUCACACCGGUCUCACCCUUCUCGGCUGUCAGUAUGAUUGCCCCUUUGGUCUUUGUUGUUGGUUUGAGUAUGGUAAAGGAAGCUUUGGAAGACUGGAAUAGAUUCAUCCAAGACAUGAAGGUCAAUUUGCGCAAAGCCACUGUUCACAAAAGAGAUAGUGGGUGUUUUGGUCAUAAGCCAUGGAUGAAGCUUCGGGUUGGAGAUAUUGUCAAAGUGGAAAAGGAUCGAUUUUUCCCUGCAGAUUUAUUACUUCUCUCUUCCAGUUAUGAAGAUGGAAUCUGUUAUGUGGAGACGAUGAACUUAGAUGGGGAGACAAACUUGAAGGUAAAAAGAGCUUUGGAGGUAACGUUGCCCUUGGAAGACGAUGAAGCAUUCAAGGAAUUCAGAGCAGUUAUAAAAUGUGAAGAUCCAAACCCAAAUCUUUACACUUUUGUUGGUAAUCUUGAAUAUGAGCGACAAGUUUACCCUCUUGACCCUAGUCAAAUCUUGCUUAGAGAUUCAAAGCUUAGGAACACAGCUUAUGUGUACGGAGCUGUGAUAUUCACCGGGCAAGACAGCAAAGUCAUGCAAAACUCAACAAAAUCACCUUCAAAAAGGAGUCAAAUCGAACGACAGAUGGACAAAAUCAUUUAUGUCCUUUUCACCCUCCUAGUUUUGAUUUCUUUGAUUAGUUCAAUCGGUUUUGCUCUAAAGACGAAGUUCCAGAUGCCUAGUUGGUGGUAUCUUCAACCUGAGGAUAAGAGUAACAUCCUCUAUAACCCAAACAAACCAGAGUUGUCUGGGAUAUUUCAUCUAGUCACAGCUCUUUUAUUAUAUGGAUACUUAAUACCCAUAUCCCUUUACGUCUCCAUUGAAGUUGUGAAGGUCUUACAAGCAUUGUUCAUAAACCAGGAUGUUCAUAUGUAUGACGAAGAGUCUGGGACUCCUGCUCAAGCAAGAACGUCAAAUCUAAACGAAGAGCUGGGCCAGGUUGACACCAUCCUGUCAGACAAAACGGGUACAUUGACAUGCAAUCAGAUGGAUUUCUUAAAAUGCUCCAUUGGUGGGACCCCGUAUGGAAAACGUGCUAGUGACGUGGAACUUGCGGCCGCUAAGCAGAUGGCAAUGGAAAAUGAUGAUGAAGAUGUUUUUGAGAGCACGCCUCGUGGAACUGGGUUUGAUGGGGCAUCAGAUAUUGAGUUGGAGACGGUCGUAACUUGUCGAGAUGAGGAUGAAAAAAAACCUUGUGUUAAGGGGUUUAGCUUUGAGGAUGACCAACUGAUGAAUGGGAAUUGGAUAAAUGAACCAAAUGCCGAUGUCAUAUUGUUAUUCUUCAGGAUACUGUCGAUUUGUCACACCGCGAUUCCCGAAUUUAAUGAGGAGGCCGGUUUCUUCAACUAUGAAGCUGAGUCACCGGAUGAGGGUUCAUUUCUUGUUGCGGCUAGAGAAUUUGGGUUUGAGUUUUGUAAAAGAACUCAAUCAAGCAUUGUUGUCCGUGAAAGAUAUCCUUCUUUUCAUGAGCCUGUUGAAAGGGAAGUUAAAGUUCUCAAUUUGUUGGACUUCACAAGCAAGAGGAAGAGAAUGUCCGUUAUAAUCCGGGAUGAGAGCGGACAAAUUUUUCUUUUCUGCAAAGGAGCAGACAGCAUUAUAUUUGAGAGAUUGUCAAAAAAUGGGAGAAUGUAUCUAGAGGCAACGACAAAGCAUUUGAAUGAUUAUGGGGAAGCUGGACUGCGCACACUUGCCCUUGCAUACAAGAAGCUAGAAGAGGCAGAGUAUUCUGCAUGGAAUGAAGAAUUCACAAAGGCAAAAACCUCAAUUGGAGGUGAUAGGGAAGCAAUGCUUGAGAGGAUAUCUGAUUUGAUGGAAAGAGAUCUUAUUCUUGUAGGUGCCACUGCCGUGGAGGAUAAACUGCAGAAAGGAGUCCCUCAAUGCAUAGACAAAUUGGCACAAGCUGGGCUAAAGAUUUGGGUUCUUACAGGAGAUAAAAUGGAAACUGCAAUUAAUAUAGGAUUUGCUUGUAGUUUACUUAGGCAGGGCAUGAAACAAAUUUGCAUUUCAUCAUCAAAUGCAGAUGCAACUGACAAAGAAUCCAAAGGGGUUGUCAAGGAGAAUAUUUUGUUGCAAAUGACAAAUGCUUCCCAAAUGGUGAAACUUGAAAAGGACCCACAUGCCGCAUUCGCACUAAUUAUUGAUGGGAAAACACUAACUCAUGCCUUGGAAAAUGACAUGAAGCAUCAUUUUUUGAACUUAGCUGUUGAUUGUGCAUCUGUCAUUUGUUGUCGUGUCUCUCCAAAGCAGAAGGCUUUGGUGACAAGGUUAGUUAAAGAGGGUACAGGUAAAACAACCUUAGCAAUCGGUGAUGGUGCAAAUGAUGUUGGAAUGAUUCAGGAAGCAGAUAUUGGUGUUGGAAUCAGUGGGGCGGAAGGAAUGCAGGCUGUGAUGGCAAGUGACUUUGCUAUUGCACAAUUCCCAUUUUUGGAGAGACUCCUCGUUGUACAUGGCCACUGGUGCUACAAACGGAUUGCUCAGAUGAUAUGCUACUUCUUCUACAAAAAUAUUGCAUUUGGCCUCACACUCUUCUACUUUGAGGCAUUUACUGGCUUCUCUGGGCAGUCAAUUUAUCAUGAUUGGUAUAUGCUAUUGUUCAAUGUGGUUCUUACUUCCUUGCCUGUCAUUUCACUUGGAGUAUUUGAGCAGGAUGUGUCUUCGCAAGUCUGCUUACAGUUUCCAGCAUUAUAUCAGCAAGGCCCCAAAAACUUAUUCUUCGAUUGGAACAGAAUAUUCGGGUGGAUGGGAAACGGAGUCUAUACGUCUCUCGUCAUCUUCUUCCUCAACCUCGUCAUUUUCUAUGACCAAGCCUUUCGAUCCGGAGGCCAGACUGCUGACUUGACGGCCAUGGGGACUGCCAUGUUCACUAGCGUUGUCUGGGCAGUCAACUGCCAGAUUGCUCUAACAAUGAGUCACUUCACGUGGAUCCAACAUGUACUCAUUUGGGGCAGCAUCAUCUUUUGGUACAUUUUACUCUUAGUCUAUGGUGAAAUGUCCCCAAAAAUAUCCAAAGAUGCCUAUAAAAUUCUCACAGAGGCUCUUGCACCCGCACCAAUAUAUUGGCUCACUACUUUCUUGACAAGUAUUACAUGUAAUCUCCCAUACCUUGUCCACAUUGCCUACCAGAGAUCUUUCAACCCUAUGGAUCAUCACAUCAUUCAAGAAAUCAAAUACUUAGGGAAAGAUGUCGAGGAUCGGAAUAUGUGGAGAAGAGAGCGGUCGAAAGCAAGAUCAAAGACCAAGAUUGGGUUCACGGCUAGAGUAGAUGCUAAGAUUAGGCAGUUGAAAGGGAAACUUCAUAAAAAAUAUUCAACUAUGGGUUCACAAUUAGAAGUUCCCCGUAGUACAUAACUAUUUUUUAAUGGAUACCUUUUUCGGCCCCUUCGGGGAUAUCCGAUAAAACCAGAACGAUACAAAGAAGAUGAGCAUGACCCCUAUACAUGGAUGACACACAAAACCGAUACCUUUUCUCAAUUAGUUUAGUUAGGGAGAGGCAUACCUGCAAUUCUUGUAUGUAAUCGAUUUGUAAUAUGAUUUUCUUCAGUAUGGGGUGGGUUCAACUCGAUCUGUUCGUUUAUUAUUUCAUAGCAAAUUGAGAUCGUUGUAUGUAUAGCACUUUAAUAUACCAAUACAGCAUUCAAAGAUGAAGCUAGCCUGCAGCUUGACAAGCUGCCCAAAAGAACUGCCACAUUCAAUUGUGCAUUGUGGGUGGUUGAGCCAUUGUUAUUUUUUUAGAGUUCAUUUUCAAAUGUGCUUGUAUAACGUAACUGAGUAGAAAAUAUAACAGCAUUGAUUUACAUAAACCAUAAUUUAAACUCAUUAUUAAUAGUAAACAAAUGUAUGUAU